AUGUCACCUCCACUUACAGCUGAUGCUCACUCUCUUUGCUAUGACUUCACUAUCCUCCCUAAGGCCAGCCCUGGACAAUCCUGGUGUGAGGCUCAAGGCCAGGUCGAUGAAAAGACUUUUCUUUCCUAUGACUGUGGCAGCCAGGAGGUCAAAUCCUUGAGUCUCCUGGGAGAGGAGGUAAAAGGCACGAGGGCCUGGCAAGAACAGAUGGAAACGCUGAGAGACGUGGGGGACUUUCUCAGACAGCAACUGCUGGACCUUAAACUAGAGAAAUACACGGACAGGGACCCUCUCCCGCUGCAGGGCAGGAUGCUGUGUCAGUGUGAAGCCAAUGGACGCACGCGCGCAUCCUGGCAGUUCGGCUCCCAAGGACAGACUUUCCUCCUCUUUGACUCGGAGAACAGAACCUGGAAGGUGCUUCACCCUAGAGGCAGACAGAUGAAAGAGAGGUGGGAGAGUGACAGGGAUGUGACAGAGUUCUUCAGGAAGAUCUCCAUGGGAGACUGCAGGAGCUGGCUUGAAAGUUUCCUGGUGCACUGGGAGAAAAUGCUGGAGACAACAGCAUCACCAACCAUGGCCCCAGCUAUAGCCCAAUCCAGGGCCACGGCCGUCAUGCCCAUCACCUGGGUCCUCGCGGUGACCAUGCUCACCUGCUCUCUUCUCCUUGGCCUCUGAGGCUGAGUCCUUUAUGGUAACAGGCUGACGAUGCUCCCAAGGAGGCCCGGAGAGUGUGGUCCGUGUCACGACUCUGCUGUUUGGUUGGCCACCUUUGCAUUACCAGCUGUUCAUUUCUAGACCACCAGGAGCUCAGACCUUACAAAUCCAGAGACCACCAUGAGAUCAUGAGGAGACAGUCCAUGCGACAUCUCAGGUCCCUCAUUGCAUUGGAUGAUUCUCCUUUUCGGUGCCUUUCCUUAACAUAUUGUGCCACUUCCUCUUGGUGCUCAGUGACGGAAUUCUUGCAUUUCAACUUGAACUGCUUGAGCAGGAAACAUCAAGAAGGAGAACAUGUUCCGUCUUCUUCUUUCGUUUUGGAAAAUGACCUUCUUGUCUGCAUCCUGACCCUGUUCUUGCAAAUGAUAUUGCCAGAAAAAUAUCGUGUCAGACUGCAGAACCUCAUGGAUUCUUUCUCUGUCCUGAGAAACAACCUCUGUGUCUUUUGCAAAGAACAUUUUUUUUUUUGAGGAAGAUUAGACCUGAGCUAACAUCUGCUGCCAAUCCUCCUCUUUUUGCUGAGGAAGACAGGCCCUGAGCUAACA